UCACAUGAUAAAAGCGGGUGUGAGCGCUUUUCUCUUAAUUUGUAUAUAAAGUUUUCUUAUUCUUAACAUUUAUGAAAGUACAUUAUUAAGUUAUAUUUUAAAAUUAAAGUCAAUUAUUUAUUAAAGUUUUUUCAUUUUUCUUAAGAAUUACAUAAUAACAACGAAACAAAAAUACCACAAUGAGAUACAUUUUGGGUACUACUUUUGCGGGUACUGCUUCAGCAACAAUUCUAGUAUUAGUAUUGUAUCAUCUAUUUACUGGAAAAGGUGAACGUGUUAGUAUUGCAUGGUUUUUAGAAAAUACUUCACCAUAUAUGUGGGCAACUCUUGGUAUUGGACUUGCAGUAGCUUUAUCUGUUGUUGGUGCUGCAUUGGGAAUACAUACAACAGGAGUUUCAAUUAUUGGAGGUGGUGUAAAAGCACCAAGAAUUAAAACAAAAAAUUUAAUUUCAGUAAUAUUUUGUGAAGCUGUAGCUAUUUACGGUUUGAUUACUGCCAUUGUAUUAUCUGGAAUGUUAGAAAAAUUUACUGCUGAAGCUAUUCAGAAGGAAGAAGUUCGUGAUCAAAAUUGGUUUGCUGGUUAUUUAAUGUUUGGAGCAGGCUUAGCUGUUGGUCUUGUUAAUUUAUUUUGUGGUAUAGCUGUUGGCAUUGUUGGUUCUGGUGCAGCCCUUUCUGAUGCAGCGAAUUCUGCUCUUUUUGUUAAAAUUCUUAUUGUAGAAAUCUUUGGUUCUGCCAUUGGACUUUUUGGAUUAAUUGUUGGAAUUUAUAUGACAUCUAAAGUAAAGAUGGGAAAUAAAGUAUAAAUUUAAAAUAAAUAGUAAUAUUAUAUAAUAUCCAUAAAAUAUUUUUUAGAUUCAUUAUCUUUCAUCACUUAGUGAUGAUUGAAAUAAAAAUAUAAAAAUAAAAAUAAUUAUUAAUUAUUAUAUG